AUGUUAAACAACCGUUUGUUUCAUCAAGAUUUCCAGACGAAGGAUGACGUCUACUGCUAUUCUCUGGCCAAGGCACUAUACUAUGUUGUUUCUCCUGUGACAUUGGGAUUUUAUGCUCCAUGGGGUAGACGUAAGGACCUUCUACUUAACAAGGUUGAAACAUAUCUAUGUAUGGAAUCAUGGGAAAAAGAACAAAAUGAAAUUGCAAGAACCAAGCAGAGAACAAGAAAAUGCACAGGAAAAGACCUCCUCAAGCUUAUCUUUCUUAUGAUAUUUCACCAUCCUGUCAUCACAGAAAAGCACAAAGAACGAGAGAAUAUUCGAUUCAUCUUCAUCCGUUUCAGUGCAUGGGAAUAUGCAGGUAGUGACCAUCUCUGGGCUGGUCUUGUUACCACCCUCUGUGACGGAAUUGAGAACUACUUUGGACUGGCUCCUAUGAGCGUCUAUCGAGCUGUAGGCAGAAAAACCAAAAUUAUUGAUGCACCACUUAAACAAGAAUGGGUUAGUAAGAAGUUCCUAUGUAUCCCACUCUGGAUUGCUACAAUUUUAGUCAUCUUGAUUGGAAUUGGUGUUGGUGCUUUGUUUCUAAUAUAUGGCUUUCCAUUUGGUGACCCAACUGGAGAUAUGCUGGCUGCUGCUGAAGGUGUUGGCGCAACUGUCGUUGGCAUCUCUGCAGCAGGGAUUUUAAGAGUGGUUAUUAUGACCAUGAAAAAUGCAAUUAUCACCCAAAGGGGUGUGGUACAAAAUAAGAUGAACCGGACAGACAUGAGUUCCCAGCUGGGCUUCAUGAGUGACGUGAAGCGGGAGGUUAAGGUAAUCACCCGGUAUCUUCAACUCAUGGAAGUCUUCCAACGGCAGAAAAUUAAAGUAGUUCUAGAGAUCACAAGCCUGGACAGGUGCAUGCCAGACAAAGUAGUAGGUGUUUUAAAUGCCAUGAAUAUUCUACUCUCCGAUCCCUGUGCCCCAUUUAUUUCUAUUCUAGCCGUGGACCCCAGCAUCAUUGUGGAAUGCGUAGAAAGCUCACUAUUUUUAAAAGGCAUGGCAAACAAUGGUUAUCAGUUCCUGAACCGUAUUAUAACUCUACCUUUUUGCAUUCCCAAAAUGGACUGCGAGACUAAGUGUUUCGUGAUGAGAAAUGUCAUAGAUGGAAAAAAUGAGCUGAUAAGAGAAAAAGAAGAAGAAAAUAUAACAGAUGAAACAUUGGUACCAAAUGAGACAGAACAACUCCUACGACAACGAGUUACCCAUCAAAAUGAUUUUGGAUUACAGGAUACUCCCUUUAACGUCAGAUGCUCUGAAGAUCAGGGGCAAACUAUCAGCUUUACAGAUAAAGGACCAAAGACCAAAACCUUAAUAAACGAUGCCUUCAGAUACCUUUUUGAUGAAAGCAUGAAAGACUUUAUUACUGACAAUGUUGUCCACAUCAGAAGGAUAGUAAACACAAUCACCAUAACAAUCAGACUGAUGAUAAGAGAUGUGCCAAGGACUAAGAUUAGGCCUCACAAAGUAACAGAAUGGGUAAUUCUGGCAGCACAAUGGCCCUGUCGUCUCAGCUGGAUAUUGCAGUGCAUUGAAGAUGAACAACAGAGGAGGUGCCUUGAUGAAACUGAUACAACAGGAGAAUACUCUAUAUAUGCUCGCACAUUCCUUUGGGAUGUUUUUGAGAAGUCUUUGGAAGAGUUAGAUGCCAUAAAAACAAAUCUCAAAAAACUUUUGGAGCUGGAUGGGGACCCAGAGAUUUUCCAUAAACUAUUGUAUGAAAAUUUCACAGUAGCAGAUGCCAACUUCUUUUUGCCAUUCACUGUCAAUUUAGACCAGUCCAUCAAAAGAGAGAUGGAACUUUUACGGGGCAGUAACAACAUGUGGGAAUCCAAGAAGAGCAACAGACUGACCAUGUUAACGUUACUGAACAUGAGUGUAGAUGAAGUCUGUAAAGAAAUGAGUAAACUAGGAUUCCGAGAGGAGAACCUCCAGCUGUAUCGACAAACGAUAAAAGAUCACAAUCUGAAUGGAAGAGCCUUGGUCUAUAGUGAUAAUAAUGAAAUAAAAAAUGUUUUAUGUAUGGGUCUAGGAGACUGGACACUCUUCAGUGUAUACUUCUUAGGAGUACUUCCACCACCCCCUGCUGCCCCCACAACAGUCUCUGCUUUUGGAAAGCAAGACGCACAAAAACUUGGUGCUGGAUCCAUUGACAACAUCUUAAACAAAAGCAAAAUGUCACUGUCUUUUUCAAAUGAAGAUGUUUCCUAA